AUGAAUGGACAAAACAGUACUGAAAGUUAUGCCUGGAACACAACGAAUAAUUUAACUACUAGGCUACUUACUGAAAUGUCAACAGAAGUACCUUCUUUAAGUACACUUGAAUCUACAAGUCAAGCAAAUACAACUUUAUCAAGUUUAACUGAAUCACUUGGAUCAUUAGUCUCAUCUGCACAAACUAGUAGUAGUUCUUUACUUUCUCAAGUAACUACACAUUUAAGUAAUUUAACUUCAUCAAACACCACUUCACCUAGUUCAACUUUAGAAAGCGCUACACAUAUUUUAACAAGUGGAGUUGCUGAAAAUGCAACUAGUUCACCUACAACAACUAGCUUUUUAAGUGAAGCAAAAAAUUUUACUGAUUAUUUAUCAUCUACAAUUAGUAGUACUAUAUCUGAAGCACUUACACCAAAUUCCACUUCACCUAAUUCAACUUUAGAAAGCGCUACACAUUCUUUAACAAGUAGAGUUACUGAAGGUGCAACUAGUUCAGCUACAACUAGCGUUUUAACUGAACAAGCAAGUAAGUUUACUAAUUAUUUAUCAACUACAAUUAAAGAAAAUAUAUCUCAAGCAUUAACAUCAAAUACCACUUUGUCUGAUUUGACUACAAGUAACCUAGGCAAUACCUUAACGACUCAAGCAACUACACCAUUAUAUGAUACAUCUACAAUAAAUAAUACAUCAAGUUCUUUAUUUUCAUUUAAUGGUACUACAUUAAAUAAUUUAGUUACUACAGCUAACAAUACCACUCAAAUUCUUGGUGGGAAUGAUUCAGAUGGCGUAGUGAAGGAAAUGAAUGUAACCCCUGUUAUUAUUUUUUUUAUUACAUUAUGCAUACUCGGAUUCCUAGCAUGGGCUAAUUUGGGCGCUCAUGUAAAAAAAGAUAAUCCUGAAUGUUGUAGCAGAAAGAAUAAAUUAGAUGACAUAGAAAUGAAGCCAAUAAAAAAGGAAGAUUCAAAUGAUAAAGAAGAUAAUUUAGAUGAUGGAGAUGAAAAUAAGGAAGGUAAAAAGGGAAAAAGAAGAAAAAAAAAAGAUGAUAAUCCUGACAUACAACAAAGGUUAAUACAAGAACUAACCGAAGAACAAGAAACAUUAAGGACAGGAAAAAGAAUAAGGAAAAAGAAAACAGAAAAUAACGAUGAAAAGUUUUGUGAAGUACGUAUUGAGGAUGAAAAAUAA